UGUUGCAUGCUGAGGCGCAUUUGAACCGCCCAAGUUACUGUCACUCACAUUUACGGUGCAGACAGUAAGCUUCCUCCAAAGAUAAAGAAGGCCAAGUUACGAAGAUGUGGGAAACCACAGAGAUUAACCUCCAGUCUGCCGUACACUUCUGCGAAGCAGUGAUUGGGCUUCCGAAAGAGGUUAAUGAAGGGAACACAAAAUCCGAAUAGAAAGGUGCAUCGUUGCAGAAUGAGAUUUGCUGGAACUCCCGCACGCGGUAAAUAUAAGAUUCGGUAUUGACUCAUCCUGUCAUCUAGAGCUAGAAGAGGAAUGUAGUACUGAUGCCAGAUUAUUAUUUCAACUUGAAACUGCGAUGCGUCCAGUCGAGCAGUUGCAGCAAUCGAAGUGCAUGCCGUAAUGUUUAGCAGAACAGUGCUCCCAGAUAACACAUACUUGUACACCUGGCAAUGCGCUCACCUAACAAGCGACUUUCGGCCAGUGCAGUUUCAAGACGGACAGCUCUGAGCGGUGAGACGAGGGUAUUACAUCACGACCAGAGAGUAGAUGGAGUUGGCGUUGCUGCAGAAUUGCAUGGCUUUCAAGUUGACUGGCACUGGAGUUUCUGCAAAGCUGGAAGCGGCCUUUUCAUUGUUGGUACUUAUCCUGCAUUGACCAUAAGUCGCUCCUACCCAGAAGGUCGGACAGGCGCUACAACCCUCACAGUCUUGGACAAACCCCGCGUCAGAAGGGUCGUCCUUCGCGUGCUAUGGUGGUUCUGUGCUCUCCUUGAAAGCGACCGAAAUAUCCGAAGGAACUGCUCAGUGAGGAAAGAUAUCAGGAUGGCUGGAGCAAUGACAGAGGAAGAAAAAGAAGAGAGGGAAGAAUUAGAAGAAGCACAGACACCAAAGGAAAAUGGAGCCCAUGGGCCAGCUGUUGCAGUACCAGAAACCAAACUGGGUAAGCGCAAAGGUCGCUGUAAGUGGUUCAAUGUCGCGAAGGGAUGGGGUUUCAUCACCCCUGAUGAUGGUGGCCAGGAUGUCUUUGUGCAUCAAAGUGUGAUUCAGAUGUCAGGGUUCCGAAGUCUUGGUGAUGAUGAGGAGGUGGAAUUUGAGUGCAAAGUGUCUGACAAAGGCCUGGAGGCUACAUCUGUGACUGGUCCUGAAGGAGCAGAUUGCAGUGGUUCUCAUCGACGGCCUGUGUCAAAAAAACGCUUCAGGAGGAUUAGGUGCUAUAAUUGUGGUGAAUUUGCAAACCAUAUUGCUGCAAAAUGUACAAUGGGUCCACAACCAAAACGGUGCCAUCACUGUAAAUCUCAGGAUCAUCUAAUCGCAGAUUGCCCAGCGCGUUCAGAUCGCAACAAGAAGUCAGUGGCAUCGUUCAGUGGAGAAAUGGAACUAGAAUCUCAGGAACAGGUAUCAGGAGAGGUGUUACCACAUGUAACAGAAGCAGGUGAGUAGAAAUGGCCAAUUCCUAGCAAGUCCCAGGACCAGCACCAAGCCACAUGCCAACAGUAAGAAGCAGCAGCAGCAGUAGCAGUGAGGGCUGCAGUAUGAAGUUCCAGUUCACUGUAACAGAUGGCGUUAUUUAUGAUCACUGACUUUGCCAUCUACUACCAUCAUUGAGAAGCCAAAGGUGGAUUGUAGUUUCCAAAUUAUGCUGUUGCACAUGUAAUUUUACAACUAUGCAGAUAACAAAUGAACUACAUACUGCAAGAACAGUUUUUAAAUGUAAAUUAAAAUUAUAUUACCUUUGGUGUUUAUUACAGCAAUAAAACACGAUGCAUAUCACUACUUCCAGUAAAACCUGUUACCUUAAUGAAGUACACUGAUAAUUAUCUGUUAAGAAUAUUAUGAUAUUUGUUAGUAUUUUGAUUGCAAUGUCAUUGACAUCAGUUGUUUGAAUGAAACCUUUUGUUUUAAGUAUGAUUCUUGAACAUGUCCUGAAAUUGUUCAUAUCAAUACAUUUUAAAGCUAAGCACUGAGAGGAUCACAGUGUUUUUGUGAUGGAAGUAGUGAUAUGAAAACUACUGUGUAUUGGAGGUAAAAUGCAAUUACAACAUACUUUGGUGGAAGUUUAAGAAGUGCAAUUUUAUGGAGAAAAAUAUUACAACCUCAAUAAGUUAUUUUGUAGUAACAAAGAAGGAGGAAAAAUUAUGAUGCUGCAAUACUACAAUAUCCUAUGGCAUUAGAAGUGCCAUUAAUACGAACUUAGAGUGAACUAUGGUGCUGUGAAUUGGAUGGUGGCCUGUCUCCACUGUUUUAAAAUGGGGACCUGUGUCACACUAAUAAUAAUAUUGUCAACAGUGGUCCUGAAGGUACAAUUGGUUAAUCUCUUGACUAUACAAUAGAUAAUAUCAAAUGAACACAAGCUUUACUGGUAAUUUGCAAAGGACAUAUUCUUGUUAACCACAUACUGCCUUUUUUCAUUUUCUGCAAGGAGAUAUUUUAAAAACAAAUGAAAAUAAAUAUUCUUGUCCUCCUCCAUCCCACUUUCUUGUUCUUGAGAAAGGCCCUAUUAAACAACUGAUCAGUGGGUAAAUACAAUGUGAUAUAUAAUUUUAUGCAUUCCUUAGUUCAAAUAUAAAUCCUGACACUCAUAUACAGAGAAGGAGUUCCUGGACCCCUUUGGAGAAUAAUUUCAGUUACCUGUAUAUAAUGUAACUAAUAUGGUUCCCUUCAGAAAAAAAGGAGGCUUAUCAUUCUGUUUCUACUUCUUAACACACUUUCAGCAUACUGCAAUAAUUAAUCACUUCUUUUAGUUUCAUAAAAACCUUUCCCCUGCAAUACUCUGUCUUUGUCUUUGUCACCUUAUGCAGCACGUAUUUUGACUUGAGUUGUCAUGUCUCACAUAUGCAUUUGUAAUUUUCAGUGUGCGUCCAUUCCUAACAUAAAUGGCUGUAGUUCAUUACAACCCCAAGUUACAGCACAAAGAUAGUUUUAUUUAGAAGCCGAGCACUUAGAUGUUUCAGCUCUCAAAAGAAUUAAGGCUAUGUAUUUCACUCAUUCACUCAUGAAGCUGAGUCCUUUUUGAGAAGCUGUCAAUUGUGCAGCUGAAC